GGAAGGGGCAGGCGUUAGCAGAGGACCACGUGAAGAGAAGGCGGAAGAAGCUUCCUCACACUCCGCCUCCUCUGCCUCGAACUCCGGAAAGCGAUCGUGAGAAUCGCCCCUUCAAGGAAGGAGGCAUGGCGGGGAUCAAAGCCUUGGUUGGUUUAUCAUUCACUGGAGUCAUUGGUUUGACGUUUCUUAUGUUGGGAUGUGCCUUAGAAACGUAUGGUACCUACUGGCCAUUAUUUGUCUUGAUAUUUUAUGCCAUAUGCCCUAUUCCUCACUUUAUUGCAAGAAGAGUAAGUGAUGAUACAGAUGCAGCAAGCAGUACUUGCAAGGAACUGUCGUAUUUUUUCACAACUGGAAUCGUGGUCUCUGCUUUUGGACUUCCUAUCAUUCUUGCACGUGUUGAAGUGAUCAAGUGGGGAGCCUGUGGCCUUGUGCUGGCUGGAAAUGCAGUAAUUUUUCUUACAGUUUUAGGCUUUUUUGUUCUGUUUGGCAGAGGAGAUGAUUUUACCUGGGAACAGUGGUAGAAGUUACUGAGAUAUUAAUCUACAGUACAUACGUUACACAGGCCUUCCUUGAUUUUUGUUCAUUUACUUAUGAUUAUUUUAGUGUGUAUAUAGAUAUAUUAUGUAUACAUGUUUACAUGUCAAUGUAUUUAGUGUGUAAAUAUUUUGAUCAGUAUUAGCUUAACAUAAAGGAAGUGUACCUUAUAUACCAGUACCUUUAUUUCAUGAGAUGCAAGUAAAUUUCCACAGUAUUGUAGGUGAUGAUUUUGGAAUGCAAGGAAAAUUAUGCAAGUGGGGAUUAUUUUGUAAUAAUGGGGGCUUUCUUCUGAGCUUUUGAAUUAGGAAUCACAUUUGCUAUUUGGCUUUAAAGCAAGGUAGCAAAAGAUAUUAAUUCACCUUCAAGGUAAACACAUCAUAAUUCUUCAAUAUAUGUUUUCUGUUCAAAGAAUCAGUAUAUAAAAUCACUCUGGUUUCAUAAAGUUUUAAGAAACAAUUGCCAGAUUAACUGAAUUUAGGGCAAAAAGCCAUCUGGAUAUCCUUUAUCUUCUGCAUGAUUAAGAAAAUGGGACUCAGUCUUGUGUGUGCCUGGACUGGAUCCAGAUUCUGCCACCAGUGACCAGAAAAAAUCCUUUCCUCCACUUGAAGCUUCUGAUCCAGCAGAAGAAUUCACUGUUGCAAUAUAAAAAGAUGUAGCAAUCUUGGUUAAUUUCUCCUGCAAUCUCUAAUCCUGCUUCUCGCAAAUAUGUUCUAGAACAGAUGUCCCCAACCUUUUGGGCACCAGGGACUGGUUCUGUGGAGAAAAGUUUUUCCACGGACCAGAUGGGGCAUGGUUUCGUGUGUUGCCUGCAUCCCACGGAUGGGGCUUUGCUUGUUUGUGCAGACCGGUUGCUGGCAUGCUGCGGCCCAGUACUGGUCCACAGACCGGGGGUGGGGGAUCCCUGUUCUAGAAGACUGUAGAGGCUUUCAGAACAUUGGGAGAGAAAACCUCCCAGGGUCAGAAAACAUGUUCCCAACUUCUUGUUGUCAACAAUAUCACUGUUUGAGAAUUCAUGUAUUCAUAAAAAGCUAGUAUUUAUAAGAAUGAAGUUGCAAAACCAUGGAUGCCUAUCUGAUAAUAGGUUUCAUUUAAUAUAGUGAAGCAUAUUUCUGAGUGAAGAUGUGCCUUAUAAAGAAACACUUUGCUUUGGUCUCUGUUGCACUGUAUAAAAAACCACAGUGUAUCUUCUUCUUUUCCAUCCACAAGUAAAUAUACAAUUUGUAGAGUAAAAUGGUAUAUUAGUUUAAUAAUGAUGUUCAUAAAUCAUAUUACUUUUCAGUAGGUAUUAGACUAUUGGGUUUUUUUCUUUAAAAUGGAAAUACUUUCUUUUGAAGAUGAUGGAAUUUUGUUUUGUUUGUUUCUGGUAUGUACUUAAAUAACUCCUACGUUCUUGUGGGUAAAUUGAAACUAAUUUGUUAGGUUCAUAAAGAUUCACAAUAGCUUUAAGUAACAAUUUCCAACUUCCUACAACGAAUGGUGAACAAAUAUUUACUGUAGUAGUUUUCAUUAGUUGGUAGAAAAGCAAAUUUCAAAGAUGGCCAAGAUUACUGGGGUCUAGGGAGAGAAUGUUUAAAUAACAUAGGAAUCUAUGUUGAGAAGGGAAUUUUUUACCUGCAAUAACCAAUGCAAUUUGGAGUAGUCUCUUUCCUUUUGGGAAACAUCGAACAUAAAGAAAUUUACAUAGUUUUAAGUUCUCACAUCUUAACCAUCCCAGAAAAGAGAGCUUUCGUCCUUGCUCAUUUUAUUUUGUUCUCCUGUAAAAAGUCCAAAAAUUUAAAAAAACCCUCUCUUAUAUUAUUUUGCUUCCUUGGAUUUCCUCCCCCCCCCUCCAAAAAAAUUCCUGCCAUCGGAUGCCUUUCUACACAGCCACUACAUCCAAUUUAAUGAAAGGAACCUGAAAUCCUUUAUACAUAUGUAUGAAAACUGCUUUGUUUUGGGGUUUGAUUUUGAAAAAAACUUUUCAAUUUUUAGAAUAGGUCCAUAUAAAAACUUUGUAAUGAUUUUAUAAUCUGUAUCAUGUGAAAUGCUGAAAUUGUGCAAUAUGUUUAUGACCUGAAACACAUAUUUUUGAUCUUUAAUAAAAUAAGGUUAAUAUUUCUGUCAAAUAUCCUGAA